AUGGGCUCUUCGCACAUCCACGUCGUCCACAAGAAGCACAAACGGGCUCCAGAGGCUGAAGCCAAGCCUCAGGCAGCCCCAGUAUUGAAGCGUGCGCUGUCUGAUUGCGCGACGGGGUCAUUCUACAAGUCGCCUGAGAUGGGUGCAACCGUCGACUCAAUGCAAACCCUCCCCAUCACUUGGGAUCCUACAUGUUUGCCUGACAAGAAGGCAAUCGACGUCUACCUCUAUUCCCCUGGCUCGGCCAACUCUCGCAUUCAUUUCUGGUCGGAAAUUGCUCUCUCGCGGGGUUCAUACGAUCUCGAACUGAAACCCCGCUGGUGGAACGCAACAGCUUCCCAGAUACUUCAGAUCUCCAUCGUCCCAACAGGAGAACCCGCCUUCAACUCGACCUUCAUCGGUGGACCAGUCUUCACCGCCACGUACACAGCACCCGCCGAUGGUAGCGUCCCCAAAGCUGCUGAUACCACCUUGUCCGAGUACCCUGUCACUUAUGUGAACGACCUCACCAAGAAGAGCGGAAUGAACCCCGGCAAAACGGCGGCUGCUGUCAUCCUCCCAUUGCUGUUCGUUGGUCUGUGCAUUGGUGCAUUCAUCAAGAUGAAGCGUUCGCGCGGUCAGGAGAAGCGCAAGGACUGGGCAGAGAAGGUCGACAAGCGCAUGUCGACGAUCUCUACAGACUGGAAGAGCGUCUCCGCCGCGGGUGCAAAUGCCGCCAUCCGCAACUCCAUCGCAGUCGGCGCUCGCAACUCGUCCUUCUCAUUCGGCGCCAUCCGCCCUUCAAGCACCUUCGCUGUUGAAGGUGAAGAUGAGAAGGCAUCCAUGAGGCAGGCGAGGACUACAACAGGUGUCGGCCUCCGCAACCCCGCUUCACUCACCGGUACCGGCGAGCGCGUCUCGAGGGUGUCGUUUGCGCCCGACACACGGGUUUCAAGGGUCUCGUUCGCAGACUCGCGCCCGUCGACCGAAUCGCGACGGACGCGGGCCUACCACAGCGCAUACGUCCCCCCUGUCCCGGCGUUACCCGACGCUAAGGACGAUGAGAAGAGCAAUGUGAGCAGCGAUGCCGAGGGACGGUUCUCGCCGAGGCAGACACAAGGACCUCUUACUCUCAGCCCAGAAGACAUUCGCGCUCGCAUCACAAAUGGGAAAGCUGGAAAGACCAACGGUGCAGGCGAUUUCGACGAGGUGAUGCCCGCUUUGAGCAUGAUGCGUACUGGCAACGACUCGGCUGGCGAUGAAUUCCUCUUCUCUGGCCCCGCUGCCCCCGCUAUGCCUUCGCCGACCCACCCUAAACCUAUUAUCUCUGCUCCCCAAACCAUGAGCCCACUUAGCAGCCCGGUCAUGUCCACGAUGCCCAUGCAACCCAUGCCUGCCAGCGUCAUGUCUCCCGACGAUAUGCUCCGUGCCUAUGCCGAGCGCAAGAAGAUGGCUGCCGGAAAGCAGGGCGGUAUCACCGGUUCCUCGAUCAGCUACCCCAUGCCCGUCGCCUCCCAGUCGACAGGCGGCAGCGGCAACAGUAGGGCUCUGUACGGCGCGACCGGUGUAGUGAGCCCUACGAACACAGGCAACGGCGCGAUGGCGCAGGCACAAGAUGACGCGUACGGAGGAUAUGACCUCGGUAUCACCCCGACGGAGACCCCGAGCGCAUACCCCUUCGGACACCAUCCGAAUGGUUCGAUUGGCGUCGGCGCAUAUGGCGGCGCAAAGUAUGCGAUUGGAGACGACGACGACGCCGACGUCGCCAUGGCGGAUGUGGGCAUGGCGGGCCGAGGCGCAUUCGGUGGUCAGCACCAGGGAUACGGAUACGGAUACGCGAAGUAG